UAAUCAAAACCAAAACAAUUGUUUUCGUUCGAGCAAUCGAAAAUCGGUUGCGUUAGUGCUAGAGCCGGCAGAAUAAUUGAAUUACAAACAAUCUUCAUUCUAAAAAACGCCAGCAAAAUGACUAAAUUGAUGGAAUGGUUGUCGGUACUGCUGGCCUUUUUUGCCGUUUAUUUGGCCAUAAUUUCACGACAAGUGCAGCAUGACAUGCUUGAUAAAUACAUGUACGAGAUCAUGCUGUCGCCUCUGAUUUUGCUGGUGCUAUUUGGGGCAUACUCCGCUGCUGUGGUGCUGUACCGGACGUUCACAUUCAAUAAUUGUGAGGAAGCCGCCAAAGAACUUCUGGAACAAAUCAAGGAAGCCAGGGAAGAUCUGCGAAGCAAGGGAAUGGUUUUUGCUGAUUAGGUUUUAGCUCCAGUUGUAUUUAUUAGUAAUAUAAGCGGAAUCGAAUUUUAUUUCGGAGUGAUACAUUCCGAAUAAUAAAGGACUUUUAAAAUAUA